AUGAGGAGCUACUUACCGCGUAUUAACUACAGUCUUGAAGGAGACAAUUAUGAGGAGCGGAAGAGAAUCUAUGAUGGCUUCGUUUAUGUGUUCUGUCACAGCUCCAAGGUCGACGACAAAAUGAGGCGAUUAAUCAGGCAUCACGUGCAGCAUCUGCGCAACGUUAUUAUGGGUUAUGCCGACGAUGAUACCUAA